ACAAAAAAAAAUAAAAAAAAUCAAGUGCAGUUUGGUGUUUGUUUAUGCAAGCACGGCAGCGGGCGCCGAGGGUGCUGUGGAACAUUAGCUUAGGAAGGCGUAGGAAGCCGAGACAGAGCGCGUCACUCACCUCAUUUCACCUCCUGCUUCCAGAGAAAGACUCGCUAAUCACUACUAGUACAAAAUGAGAAGAAUUCAUGGAGGAGGAGGGGUAGGGUUUAAGUGGAGCUUCAAUUUGUUAAAGCAGAAGCUUAUCCAAUCGGGGCGGAACACAAAUCAUUGGAAUCGAACAUCCUUUCUCCAAUCCCCAAUUCCCAAACAUUUUUCUCGCUAUUACUCCACUGCAGAAUCGCAACUGCAGUUGUCCCCGAACCUAAUUAGAAUAAUGGAACAAAGACUAUCCGCUAUUGAACACAGGAGUGCUUGUCUUGAGAAUUUCAUGAACCAGCCAGAAGCCUCACCUACAGAAUUUUCGAGGGCAAAUAAAGAGCUUCGGAAACUCAGGGGUUCAAUGGAACUUAUAACCUACCUCAGGACCAAACAGAAGGAGAUUGAUGGUUUGAGAUCACUGAUGACUGAAUGCCCAGAAGAUAGAGACAUGCUUGAUAUGGCAAACGAGGAAUUGAGCCAGGCCAUGGAAGAAGAGAAAAGACUGCAGAAUUUGCUGCUGAAGUCAUUGCUUCCCAGGGAUGAUGCUGAUGAGAGGGACUGCAUUUUGGAGGUGAGAGCAGGAUCUGGAGGGGAAGAGGCUUCUUUAUUUGCGAUGGAUAUAUUCAAAAUGUAUGAGAGAUUCUCUCAGAAUAACGGUUGGAAAUUUGAAGUGGUAUAUAUAACAGAAUCUGAUUUGAAAGGAUAUAAGGAAGCUAGUGCAGCAAUCUCAGGAGCUGAUGUCUUUGGGAAACUCAAAUUUGAGAGUGGAAUUCACAGAGUUCAGCGUGUUCCAGUGACAGAGAAGUUGGGUCGUGUUCACACUAGUGCUGUGUCUGUUGCUAUCCUUCCUCAAGCUGAUGAGGUGGACCUUCAGUUGAGGAAUGAAGAUCUGAGAAUUGACACGUAUAGAUCUGGUGGUUCUGGCGGUCAGCAUGCAAAUACCACCAAUAGUGCUGUUAGAAUAACUCAUCUUCCAACCGGGAUAACGGUUUCCAUACAAGAUGAACGAUCCCAGCAUAUGAAUAAAUCGAAAGCCCUCAAGGUGCUAUGUGCAAAGCUGUAUGAAAUGGAAAGGUCAAGACUUCAUAUGAGUAGAUCAAGACUUCGAUCAGAGCAGAUUGGUAGUGGAGACAGAUCUGAACGCAUCAGAACAUACAACUUUCCUCAAGGACGUGUCACUGAUCAUCGUGUUGGCAUCACUCAUCAUUCAAUAAAUGAUGUGAUGCAGGGCGAGAGUCUGGAUGUCUUCAUUGAUGCUCUUCUUCUACAGCAGGAAAUGGAUGCAAUUGCAUCAUUUGGUUCUAUUGAGUGAAGUUGGCCAAACCCUGGACGCUGGACCUCCUUUUGUUGGUGUUAUUUCGUGGGGAGUCUUCGCCGAAUUGGUGCUGAGCCCCUAAUUGGCUGCGGUAGACUCGUUAUUUAUGCCAUAUUUCAGUGCUGAGCCCCAAAUUGGUGUAUUUUAUUUUUUUUAUAAUAAAUUUAUGAUUUUUUAGAGAAGUGAGAGAUGAAGUCAUUAUUUUAUGUUGCUCGAAACUGAUUGUAUCUUUCAGCGCUUACAUCGUGCAUUGCACUAUCACGUCAUGUAUCUCGAUUUUGUUUCACUUCUGAAUCUGAACUAUGAACAGUAAAUCCUUGCUGGCA